AAAAAUAUCGAUAUAUAUUUUGCUGAAUUAUAUCGAUAUUGUUCUUGUCCGGUUACUCCCAUCCAGCCCCCAUCUCCCGUUACCACUAACAAGAAGCCAUAGGAGUGUUAGGAGAGAGAGCGAGAGAAAACAAUCAUGGCGAGUGAUGAGGGGAUCACUUUUGAGCAGCUGAGUAAUUGGAAUGAGGAUUUUACCUCACAGGCCAUAAAUAGGGUAGCCCAAAAUGCUUGCACCCGGAUUAACGUUCAUGAGGCGAGCAUCUCCAGGAAGCGGUUGCAAGAGGUUUUGCAACAUGUUUUCGAGUACAAAGUGGAUGCCGAAAUCAAGCCGAUGACCAACCAAAAGAAUUCUGGCCGGUGCUGGCUUUAUGCCACACUCAAUGUAAUUCGCAUUACAUUUGCCAAGGCCAUGAACAUUGAAGAAUUUGAGUUCAGUCAAGGACAUCUCUUCUUCUUCGAUAAGAUCGAAAGGUGCCAUUUUGUGCUGCACACCAUUGUGGAAACAGCAAGGCGGGGUGAGCCGGUCGAUGGAAGAUUGGUUUCCUUCUUGCUGCGCGACCCUACGUGCGAUGGUGGCCAGUGGGACAUGGUCGUCAACCUCAUCUCUAAAUACGGCCUGAUGCCAAAGAAAAGCUUCCCCGAAUCAUUUUCGUGCGAGUCUAGCAACGGUCUUAACGGAAUCCUCAAGUCCAAGCUCAGGGAAUAUGCCAAGGAGUUGAGAGCACUGGUUGAAGCGGGCGAAGACCCUCUGCCCGCGAUCAAACGGCAAAUGAAAUUCAUUUACCGUACUGUGUCAAUCUGCCUUGGUGUGCCUCCAAGCGAGUUUACCUGGCAGUACCUGGACAAGAACAAAAAGUACAACUCAAUAGGACCAGUCACGCCUCAGCAGUUUUACGAGCAACAUGUAAAACCAACUUUCAACCUGGAAGACAAGGUGUGCCUGGUUACGGAUCCCCGUCCAACUAACCCCUAUAACCACCUCUACACCGUUGACUGCCUGGGGAACAUGGUUGGUGGCCGUCCCACAAUUUACAACAACCAGCCUGUCCAGCUGCUAGCAAAGGUAGCUGCCGAAUCGAUUAAGAAUAACGAAGCAGUUUGGUUCGGUUGUGAUGUCGGCAGGAGAUCCAAUAGCAAACUUGGGCUGCUCGACGUGGAACUGCAUGACUGGAAAAGCCUUAUAGGAGAGGAAGUGUUUUUGGUGCUUGACAAGGCUGAUCGUCUUAAUUAUGGAGAUUCCAUGAUGACCCAUGCAAUGGUGUUCACUGGUGUUACCACUGAUACCGAUGGAACGCCAAUUAAGUGGCGCGUCGAGAACUCCUGGGGCGAAGACACUGGCGAGAAAGGUUAUUUGCUCAUGACGCAACGCUGGUUUGAUGAGUUCGCGUUUGAAGUGGUUGUGGACAAAAAGUUCGUCCCUCAAGAUGUGAUGGACAUUUUCAAGCAGAAACCCAUUGUAUUGCCGGCCUGGGACCCAAUGGGUACGUUGGCCGUUUAAAUUUGAAAUGCCAAUAAAGCUACCAAGAUUAAAACUUGGUAAGUGGAUAGUAA